CUUAAAUUUAGUCCCUUUUAUAUAGUAGGAUUAUUAAUGCUAUUUUCAACUAUACGAUCACAAUCUAUAGUCUCUUCUUAGUUAGCCAUGCGUAAGAUCUAAUUAGAGAAAACUUCAACAUACUUAUAUAAAUAUAUUUUUAUGUUUGAUUUACUUAUGAAAAUAGAAAUAUAAACAAGUUAUCUUACAAUGAUUUAAGAAAAUGCAUAUUUGUUUUUUGUUCAUUAGAAAAAAAUGAAUAACAAACCAAACAACGUUAAAUAGUUAUUUUUAUUUUAAUAUUUGAUACUUAUUUUAUAUUUGCAAGUAAUUUAAAUAGAUUCUUAAUACUUGAUUUGGUCAAACCAGGUAUCCAAUUUUUACGAGUAAAGUACCAAGUAGCGAGUAUGGAAUAGGUAAGAGUAAUUGUGUCAAUUCCUAAUUAAAUGAUGUUAAAUGUAUAUCUGUAGAAACUUUAAAAUAUUUUUCAAUUUGUUGGAAAGGUGACAAACUCAAGACAAUUUUAUAGCUCCUACUAGCUAGGUACUAGAAAAGAUAGUUCAAAUUUGAAUAGAUUAUUAGUUUCCCCUUAGAAACUAUAAAAAAAAUAUUUAGUCUAACUUCUUAUUUUGACCAUUAAUAAGAUCAAAUAUGAAGGUUUUAAGUCAUUACCAAUACCAUCAAUCUUCCAACAUUUUUCCUCAAAAGAGCCUCGCAUACAAACUAGACUUAAUUAAGUACUCACUGCAAAUAAGCGUAAGACAAUUAUGUCUUCGUCAAUUCAACAAAACCCAUCUUCCCAAAAUAUGAAAGAUGAAGAUUUGUUGCAAAUUCCUGGUUGCAUAGUCCAUCUCGCCAAUGCAUCCGAACCGUUAGAGCUCGCCUCCGGGGAGUUCAAGCUUGUAAGAGUUUCAUCAGACGACAACGUGGCUCUAGCGCUACUUGUCAGAGUCGGACUUGAACUUCAGUGGCCGGUGGUUAAGGACGAGCCCAUGGUUAAAGUCAGCGCUCAUGACUACCUCUUCACACUUCCGGAUAAAGACGGUGAUUCACUUGGGUACAAAGUCACUUUCUCUGACGAAGAGGGAGGCGUCUUUAAAAAACUUGAGAUUCUUGAAGAGUUAAUGAGGGAGCACUCUUGUUUUUCAUCUUUGAGUAAGAAUAAAAAUGAAAUUGAUUGGAAAGAGUUUUCGCCGAAGGCUGAAGAAUACAAAAACGUUGUGGCCAAGGCCAUUGCCGAAGGAACAGGGCAUAUCAUCAAAGGAAUCUUUAUUUGUAGCAAUUCUUUCUCUAAGAUGGUCUGCCUCAUAUGCAUAACUCCUUCCUUCCCAGUUCAGAAGUAUCAUCACAAUCACAAAUAUUGCAAGGUACUCUACAUAUAUUUUGGUGUUUUCUUUUCUCCAAAACAGGCAAAAACAAUUAAGGUUCGGUCUCGUCUCAUAUUUAUGAACGAAAUAAUGGUUCCUUUGUUGAAUGUUACGUGUAUUGUAUAUAGAGUGGAGACACUAUGGGAGGCGAGCGAGAUGAUAGGAGCCAUGGUGUUAGACGGUGAAGGUAUGAUUAGCGGUUUGAUAAUGGCUCCUGUGGUUAAAUCGAAGCUAGGGAAGGCGUUGUUAUCCACUGCCCCAGGAGAGAUUCUCUUGGCUUCACUUGAUUCUUUUGAUAAAAUACUUGGUGCUGCUGAAGCUGCAGAGAUACAAACUCAUUUCGCCACAUCCAUGGCUGCUACUAAACUUGUUAGUAAGAGGUUUGGGGAAAGUGCCGGAAAAAUCACAGGAAAAGUGCUAGAAACAACCGGCAGUUUGGGCCGCAUCGCGUGGAAAAUUCAAAAAGCUAUGGAUCCAUCUUUUUCCAUGAUAUCAGGAGUUGUCAAAAAUGCUGAGAGAGAAUGAUCAUAUGUUCUAUCACAAUAAUGUAUGUAUUGGUUUGGCUGUGAGCAGAUGUUUCUAAUUUCAUAAUCAUAUGUCCUAUCAAAUUAUGUUUGUAUUGAUUUUGGAUUUGGUUUGUCUUUGAACA